UCGGGACUGCGCGGGCGGCGGUGGCAGAGGCGGUGGCAGCGGGGUAGCGAGCGGCAUGCGAGUGCCCCCCCGGCGCUAUGGCUAGCGGUGGCUCUGGCAAAUCCAGCAGCGAGGUGUCUGGCGGCGGCAUCCCCAGCAGCGGUUCCCUGCAGAGGAAGAAGCUCAUCUCUAUCUGCGACCACUGCAAGAUCAAGAUGCAACUGGUGGCUGAUCUGCUUCUGCUGUCGAGCGAGACCAGGCCGGUGAACACUGAGAGCCUGUCUGUCUUCGGUGAGUCCUUCGAGAAGUGCAGGGACACAAUCAUUGCCAGGACCAAAGGACUCUCCAUCUUGACCCAUGACGUCCAGAGCCAGCUCAACAUGGGACGCUUCGGGGAGGUGGGAGAAAGCCUGAUGGAGAUGGGGGAGCUGGUGGUCUCCCUGACGGAAUGCUCUGCCCACGCUGCCUACCUGGCUGCAGUGGAGACUCCGGGGGCCCAGCCUGCUAUGCCUGGCUUGGUGGAUCGCUACAAGGUGACCCGAUGUAGGCAUGAGGUGGAGCACGGCUGCGGGGUCUUGAAGACCACCCCUUUGGCAGAUAUGAGCCCUCAGCUUCUGCUGGAGGUUUCUCAGAACAUGUCCAAGAACUUGAAAUUCCUGACAGACGCCUGCGUGCUGGCCAGUGAGAAAUCCAAGGAUAAAUUUGCUAAGGAGCAGUUCAAACUCAGUGUCAAAUGUAUGAGCACCAGCGCCUCCGCCCUCUUGGCGUGUGUCAAGGAGGUCAAGACUUCACCCAGCGAGCUGACCAGGAACCGAUGCGUCUUGUUCAGUGGACCUUUGGUGCAGUCUGUCUAUGCUCUGGUCGGCUUUGCCACUGAGCCCCAGUUUUUGGGUAAAGCUGCCACCAUUAAUCCAGAGGGCAAAGCUGUGCAAACUGCCAUCCUAGGAGGAGCCAUGAGUGUGGUAUCUGCUUGUGUGCUCCUGACCCAAUGCCUCAGGGAUAUAGCCCAACACCCCGAAAGUAGCACCAAAAUGAGCGAUUACAGGGAAAGGUUGAGGAACUCAGCUUGCGCCGUCUCGGAUGGUUGCAACCUGUUAUCUCAGGCACUAAGAGAAAGAUCUUCACCCAGGACUUUACCGCCAGUGAACUCCAAUUCUGUGAAUUAACCCCCACAUCUUCUGUUUAGAUCCCAGUCAUUGCUAAAGGAAAAUAAUAUCCCACCUCCUCACCCCUUUUUUGUAUACCAAAGAAUUUGCUUGGAUGAGCCCAAUCCUUAGGUUUCAUGUGGUGAAGAAGCAAAACAGCAUAUUCAAACUAUACGUACUAAUAAAGGUAGCCAGUUUUGGCUUCUUUUUAUUUUACUUUAAAGUCAAGCAAGUAUCUGCAGAUACAUUUUCCUUUAUUCAACAAGGUCUUCACACAAAUGGUAAUAACAACUGUUUAAAAGGUUUUUUUAUAUUUGGGGAGGUGGGGGUAUCUUAAAAAAAAAAGAGGAAAAAAAAAAAAGCUUUAAUCGCGCUGGGUGCGGUUUUUAAAGUUUGUCUUGUCUUGUCUUCCGAAAUUUCCCUUCUAAAUUUUACUGUUUGGUUGUGCAGGAAAAAGGUUACCUCAGUUCUCACUCACUUAAAGAAAUGAAAAAACCCAACAACACAUAGAUGAUGGAUGUAGCUACUAUUUUGUUUGUUUUUGUUUUGUAUGACUUUUUUUUUUUUUUUUUUUUAUUUUGCAUCAAGUGUUAGGUUAGAAGUGCAUUUGGUGUGUAGGAGUGGAAGGACCGGAGGUUGUGAUUAUGUUUUCCAUGUGUUGAUUUCCAAACUGGGGGAAAAGCUACUGUGAGUGUUUAAACAAACAAACAAAAAAUUACACUAUAACAAAAGUGAUUUUUAAUUUUUUUCCAAUGUCAGUUUUUAUCUUGCAUGUACUGGAGUAUUUAUUUCAUCUAUUAAAACGUUAUGUUUCUCAGA